GGAAGGAACGCCCGGAAGCCGUUAAACUUUCCCUCGAUUUCGCCUUCCUUUAAACUGUCACUAAAAGCCUCAUUCUAGAUAACCUCGUCGUGACAAUCAUUGAAUCAGACGACAAUCCUCAAAGGACUGCACUACACUGCGCCGCCCAGCAUCGUGUGACUGACGCCCUAGCCGACCCCUCUCCCCCCCCGCCUAGGACCUAGUACUAACCUCGUACAUGCGAAGACUACGUCACGAAUCAGGCGUCCCUCAAACAGGAAGAAGCCGUCGUCGCCAUGUCGCGUCCCACCGGCCUCAUCGCCUCCAAGGGCAUUGAGCUCUUGACCUGGAGCACGCCAAAUGGCUACAAGGCCAGUAUCUUGCUCGAGGAGCUCAAGGAGGCCUAUGGCCUGCAGUACACGACGCAGGGCAUCCGCAUUGGCCAGAACAUCCAGAAGGAGCCCUGGUUCACGGCCGUCAACCCCAACGGCCGCAUCCCAGCCAUUGUGGACCACGACAACGGCAGUCUUGCCGUCUUCGAGGGCAAUGCCAUUCUAUCGUACCUGACCCGCCGCUAUGACACGGAGCGCCGCUUCAGCUUUGCCCCGGACGACGACGACUACACUCGUGCCGAAUCCUGGAUCGGCUGGCAGCACGGCGGCGUUGGACCAAUCCAGGGCCAGGCGAACCACUUCGUUCGCUUUGCCAGUGAAAAGAUCCCCUAUGGCAUGCAGAGAUAUGUCGGCGAGACGGAGCGGCUGUAUGGGAUCCUCGACUCGCGCCUCAAGGACCGCGACUACAUCGUGGGGCCCGGCAAGGGCAAGUACAGCAUCGCAGACAUUGCUCUUCUCGGCUGGGUGAACGGCAUCAACUUCACCACCAUCUCCAUUGACCAGUUCCCGUCGGUCAAGUCGUGGCUCGCGCGCUGUUGGGAGAGGCCCGCCGUGCAGCGGGGCUUCACCGUCCCGAACCCGCCUUCCAUCUCCUCCCUGAAGCCGCAGGAAGGCGAGGCUGCCGAAAAGACAAGGGAGCUCAAGAAGCUUGUCGACCAAGCCAAGGAGCAGUAUGGCUACAAGUACACGUCUCCGUGAGCCCGUAUCUAUCUGUUGCGUCUAGUAUAGACGCAACGGGUUGUUGGAGCAUACCAGGCCUGGGCAUGGUUGUAACGUGGUGUUGGUCCGAUCGACUGCUAGCGCUAGUCAAUGCAAUUGCCGUUUCUCCCAUCUCUGGUGCACCGAGACUAGCUCUGAUAGUUUGCCAGUUCGAGGGUUUCGUCCGUUCUUGGGAUGAAAUGCACCUUGCGCGGAGCACGCGACGAUAUGACUCGAGGCUGCGAGGAUAGAAGACUGCGAGGAUAGAAGCCCAAUCUUCGUAAAGCCCAUGAAGAGAGCGACGAGGGUGAGGAGAGCGACGAGGGUAAAGACUAGUAAAGAGAGCUAUGAGGGUAGGAGAGCGAUGAGGGCGACGAAGGUCAGGAAAGCGAUAAAGACAACGAAAGUAAGGAGAGCCACGGGGGUGAAGACUUUUGAAAGUACGGAUAGGUCAUGACCAGGUGGAUGAUAUGAUAUAGGCAGUCAGGAGGUACCACUGCCACUAUAGUCUAGGUCGAGGGCCCUUUCUUCGAGCGAGAAUGUGAUGCCAUAGUCAUAAAGCAAAACUGAAAGCUGACUGCGGUGCGG